GACUCGAACGCCCAUUUCUAAGCGCCCAUUGUCUUUUCUAAGAUGGCCGCCGCAAGGCUGGGGGAGGCAGGGUGAGCUCCAUCCACACAAGGCCACGGUCAGGGUCGUUACGUCAGGGAGCCAGCAAAGCACAGGCCUGAGGGGUGAGAGGUGCCUGAGGCGGGAGGGCCGAGGAGGCCCACGGCCCUCGCUCGGGCGCAGCCCAGCCCCUCCCCCACGCCACCUCCGUCACAGGAAGUGGGAGCCCCACCCCCUAACGUCAGGGGCCGGAAGUGAGCGUUGCUGGGGCGCGGGUGUCUGGAGAAGGCGGCUGUAGGGAGAGCGUGUCUCCGCCGAGCACUUGGAUUUGGCACCUUCGUUUCCAACAUGGAAGAAACUUACAUCGAUUCCCUGGACCCUGAAAAGCUCAUACAAUGCCCCUAUGAUAAAAAUCACCAGAUCAGGGCCUGCAGGUUUCCGUAUCAUCUUAUCAAGUGCAGAAAGAAUCAUCCUGAUGUCGCAAACAAACUGGCUACUUGUCCCUUCAAUGCUCGCCAUCAGGUUCCUCGGGCUGAAAUCAGUCAUCAUAUUUCAAGCUGUGAUGAUAAAAGCUGUAUUGAGCAAGAUGUAGUCAACCAAACCAGGAACCUUGGACAAGAGACCCUGGCUGAGAGCACAUGGCAGUGCCCUCCUUGCGAUGAAGACUGGGAUAAAGAUUUGUGGGAACAAACCAGCACCACAUUUGUCUGGGGUACCGCCAACUACUGUGGCAACAACAGCCCUGCAAGCAACAUAGUUAUGGAACAUAAGAGUAACCUGGCUUCAGGCAUGCGUGUUCCCAAGUCUCUGCCGUAUGUUCUGCCAUGGAAAAACAAUGGAAAUGCACAGUAACUGAAUAUCUAUCUCAUCAAAUGCCACACCCUAGAAGACUCUUGCUUCUUCCUGCUACAGUGGGUUCUUCAUUUUUUUUCCUCCUAAUCUAAUUAUAGAAAGAUAAAUUGUCUGUGACUUUCAAACUGACAAGUACCUUUUUUUUUCUCCCCUCUUUGAGUCCUUACUCAUUUGAUGCAAGAAAGAACCCUCAUACUCAGAAGAACUGUUUUGAAUAAACCACCAUUGUAGAUAGCUUGAUAGUUUGGUUAAGUACCUGCAGCUCCAAGAUCAGAAAUCACAUCCCAUUCCACAUUAAUGAAACAGAAUCAUUUAAAGUUAUCCUAAAGGAUUUAGCUGAAGUAGGCAAGAAACUUGGGUUGGAAAAAGUAACUGUAUUUGUGUUCUCUGACACACAUGGACCAAAUUCUUUUUAGCGUCUGUAGAAUUGGGCCUUUUCUGAAGAGUGCAUCUGUUUAUUAAUGUUGUUAGCAUUUAUAUGUAGCAGUAUGCCCCAUUCCUGUUUAGAAUCUUUAGGACAUCUUGCUCCCUGAAUAUUUCUAACCUAGGGUAGGUUUCUUUCAUUUCUUUGCUCUUUCUCACGUUUCAGCUAGAUACUGUACUAGCUGUCAAACCAUGUGUGGAUUAUGUAGGAGUGGAGAUUGGAAUGGAGAGGAGGAACUAAUGUACAUGUGGAGAAGAGAUAGCUUUCCACCUGUGUGUGAAAUUUGAUUAAGCUUUAAAGCUAAAAUGUGUGAAGGCUCUGCUGACUACCCUGGGACAUGUGAAUAAUAAGUUAGAUUUCUCAAACACCCAAGGCUCUGACUACCAGAGCAUCUUAUUGGCCUUUACAAGGAGACUUCCUAAUCUCCAAACCAGUUUUUUGUUUGGUUGGUUGUUUUCAGGUUGGUGUGCUUUGGUUUUAAAACCAUCUGGCAUGAGGAAGGAUUCGGGAUCUGACAUUGGCAUAGAUAGGGACUUGAGUGAAGCAUACUGAUCCAUAAUUCCAAAAAUGAUCUAUUUAGCAUUAUUUGUAGGGGGAGUGCACUCUUGUGCAAUGCCUCUUCCAUGAGUUUUACACAAAACAAGAUUGUAUCCUGAUGAAGCAGAGCUAUCUUUUUAUUUAGUUCCUGUCUCUAAAAACAGAUUCAACAUAAGCCCCAGUACAGUAGUACUUCUGCUCCUAGCUGUGUGAAUAAGAGAAUAAGUUAGACCAUUUCUUCUGGAGAGGGAAAAAAAAAACACCUAUUAUGCCCUCAAUUCUAGUCACUUAUGUUUAUAUAUCAGUCAACAACUCAAAACAGUUUAGCUUUAUUUUUAAAAAUCUUAAUUAGAAUAUAUAAGACCCUUUUGAUUUCAUUUGUUUGAAUGAUGACAGCCAGAACUGUCUAUACUAUACUUGUAACCCGGAAAUCCUGCCUAGUUAGGAAAAACAGGGGUGUGAUCUUACUGCAAAGAAUUAGCUACUUGAGGAAUUCCCUGGUGGAUCAGUGUGUUAAGGAUCCAGCAUCAUCACCACUGUGGCUCUGGUUACUGCUAUAACAAGGGUUUGAACUCUGGCCCAGGAACCUCUGCAUACUAUGGGCAAGCCAAAAAAAAAAAAAAGAAAAAAAAAGGAAUUGGCUGUUUGAAUACAAUUCAGCGAAGGAAUUAAACAGAAAAUACUUUGUUUUUUAAAUAUCUAAAGGAGCAAGAUAGGCUAGCAUCUAUCCUUCAUGAAAAACCUUAUGUUGUUUGCCCACCACUACUAGAACUUAACUGCAACGCAUCUGGUUUCUUGGAGUGAACAACACUCACUAUAGGAGAAUGCCUGCCUACGUUAAUUUUGUCAGCUCACAUAAUAGACAACCCUGUUGUUUCUCUAGUAAACUAAUGAUUAAAGCCGCCAGUUUGUCUGGUCUGGGAGCUUUCAGAGACUGUUUAGGAUUUUUAUUGGGUGUAGGAUUCACUAGUCUGGAUUUAGUUUGCUGGAGAUUUUUGGACAGUCCCAAAAACUAGAACAUAGAGGUGACUGUUUACUACUUCUGUCAGAAGGUGGGAAGAGAAGCUACUUAUUUUUGAGACCUUCUUUUUCAGGGGGAUUGUGAACAGUGGGAGGGAAACAAUUGAAUAUUCUACCUUAAUUUCAGUUAAAGUCAAGUGUUAUGGUUAAAGGUUAAAUGCAGAUGUGUUUCAAAAGCUUAUCUUAGAGAGCCUGUGAGUCCUGCAUUUUGAUCUUAUCCUGGGCUUCUCUCUCUACCCCAAGGAGAAGAUUUGCUUUUUGGAAGACUGCCUUUCUUUGCAGAUAUUCUAGAAGUGCCACUGUGAUUUGCAAAUGUUCUUACCAGGAAUAAACAAAUGUAGGUAAUAAAUGAUGCUUAGCUCUCCUGCUAGCUGUACCUGAGCUAAACAAGGAGUGUUUAGAUUUAAUUUCACAUGGUACAAUGCAGUAGCCUUUCAUUGGUGAGACAGAACAGUAGCUGCUUGUGUUAGUCUCUUAGACAAAACGUUAGUCUCUAGUCAUUCGUAGAGUCCUUUAGUUGCACUUUUCACAAAUCAUAUUAAACUCCAAAGUAGACAGAAACCAAGGAGAUGACACUAUACUUCUUAUUACCAUUUUUUUAAAGAGGCAGCUUAUAAAAAUCUAAGUGAUUUGUGUACUAUAUUUUAAAUGAUUGAAGCAGGAUUGGCCUUGGGAAAAAGAUACCACUAAGAAAAUAUUUGUUUUCUUGUGCCAAUUCCCUGGGUAGUAUAAGGAAAACUACUUAAGUCCCAUGAGAAAAUUACUAUAGUGACUGCUCAUUCUUUUGACGACUGUCUUCCUGGCACUGUUGAGGAUCAGAACCUACUCACAUUCCACUUUACAAUCAUGGCCUCUUCAGAGGCCGCUGACAACUCAUUAACCUGUUACCAAAUACCAACAGUCUCUGCUUUCUAUUCCAGUCAUAUUUAGGUCUGAUCAACACAGACCUGUGUAUGAGCAGGGCAUUUAUUUGCCCUUGACAUAGCAAUUCCACUGCCUGGUCCAACUUACUUAACUCUUAUCAACUUGGUAACUGGUAGGACAGAUAAAAAAAUCUCGGGGUGUUUAUAGCUAGGAAGAACAGUAUCCUAGGCCAGACAGUAACCCUAGAGGACAACAAUAUGGUCAGCAGAUUUGCAUUUGUGUUUACCUUGUUUAAAGACGGCAUUUAUAUGAAACUAAAACAGUGUAAGCACCUUUGAUGAAAGUGAAAAAGAUAAGUUUGGUUGUUUUAUUUUAUGCUGUUUAUAUAUACACAUAUAUGUGGAAGAAACAAAUCCAGGUUUUAAGAAAAACUACUGCAUGUGAACCCAACCAGGCCUCUUAAUUUUUGUUAAAAUACUUGUCACUAAAAUAAAGUAUGCUCUCCCAGUUCA